AUGUCAAAAUCUAGUUCAUCACCUGACAUCAGGUCUUCUCGGAAUGAGCAACCAGAACAUUCACUUACAAUUAAACGCAAAGAUAAUGAAAGAGGAGCUGAAAACAGCCACUCUAAUGAUAAGACACACACGCAAAGUUUUUAUCGUGGUUCUCCUCAGCAAUCAUCAGAAAGUGAUUCUUUACAAAGUAACAAACAUCAUUUUUUUCUACCAGAUAUUCCUAAACCACACUUUAGAAAUAACUCUAAGAAUGAACUGAAAGAAAAGAAUACGACACCUAAACACAGCCAUGCAUUUUUGAAGGUCAAGAAGAAUUCAACUUUGCUAGAUGAUACUUAUCACAAUAUUAGCCAAUUCAGGAUGACAGUUGGUGAACGUAUAAGAAGAGUAAUUUAUAAAAUUGAAGACACGGUGGGUCCACUAAUAAAAAAAAUCAUACCCAACUUUAUUAUGGCACAUUAUGUAUACAUUCUAUUGUGGGUUAUAGUGGGAUCAAUUGUAUUAUACCCGUCAAAGAAUUUGGACUAUAUCGAUUGUUUGAUGUUUGCGGCUGGCGCUGCUACACAGGGUGGCUUGGCUCCUCAACAGUUGAAUGAUGUGAAGUUAUACCAGCAGAUUACUAUUUACAUGGUUUGCAUGUUCACAACUCCGAUAUUUAUUCAUGGGUCUUUAACGUUUAUUAGACUUUAUUGGUAUGAAAAGAGGUUUGACGAUAUAAAGGAAAAGUCUAUUAAUCAAUACAAGAUGCGUAGAAGUAAAACAAUUGCAAAUUUGAGGUCCGAGACAAAUGCUAGAACGAUGUCGGCAAAUUAUACCAAUUCCCAUAGAAACUUUGACAGCCACAACGCACAAGAAGGCUUGACUAGCCGGAUGAAAAGAUUUGAAAAUAUGAAAAAUUUUGGAAAUUCUGAUAAUAUAGAUCCUCUUGAUACUGAAAAUAUAACUACUAAAAAUAACAAUUAUAACAGUUGGAAUGUUAGUCAGCGCAAUAAACGUAAUGAUAAUCUGGAAAUAUCUAAUGAUCAUAAUGAUGAUAAUGAUUGUGCGGUUACGGAUUAUGAUGACGGUGAUGAGAAUGAUAAAUAUACUGCUAAUAAAGGCAGUGGGAGAUAUGAUGUUGAUAAAAAGUUAGAUGAUUCCAACGAAGUAUUUACCUCUAAAAUAAAUACUUCCUUAAAUCAUGACCAUGCAGUUGAAUCGCCAACUACUAAUAUCAAAUUUGGAGAACUACCCAAACCUUUCAAGAAGAAGGAACGUGAUAUUGCUCCUAGAGACUUAUACAUGUCUAUUUCAGCGCUCCAAAACGACUCUAACAGUGACUUUGAUGACGAAAUGGGUCCUGCUUUACAUUUCAAGAGCCCGCAUGAGUUGGAGAAAGACAAAAGAAAGGUACCACUACGUCGUAGGAAACACAGAAAAAUAUUGAGGGAGAAAAAACUAAAGGAAUUGAAAAAAAAAGCACUCCCGUUAUUACAAACAGAAAAAUCCAUUGUUGAUACAGAACUAGCCGAACAACAGGGGAGAAAUUUUGAUUUCACAUCUCAGACUAAUAUCGACACCAAUGCAGAUUUGACAAAAAAAGAAAAAGCUAGAAGAGCCAUGUCGUCUCCAAUGUUAGAAAAACCUGAUAUCGGCUCUCAUCAGGAAUUGCCCCUUGAUUUCGAUUCUACAGCUUAUAAGCCUGGGUUUAAACAUUUCCAGAGAUCGCAUACCUUACAUAUGCCUGAAUUUUCGAAGAAACUAUUUUCGAACUUUGACAACUCUAAUGUUUCUCCGGGACCGGAAAAUGUGGAUGAAUUUCCUUACCUAAAAAGAUUUAAAAGUCGGAGACCAAGUAUCUUUACAAAAAGAAGAACGUACUCCAAUUUGGACCAAUUGUCGGAUGAUGAUUUUGUAAAUAAUUAUUUGACAAAUGUGCCUACCAACUACUUGUCUUGGAAACCAACAGUUGGGCGGAAUUCCAAGUUUAUUGCUCUAACAAAGCAGCAAAAAAUUGAAUUGGGUGGUGUCGAGUACCAAUCUAUGAAACUGCUAGGAAGAAUUUUAGUGGCGUAUUAUCUUGGUUUUCAUAUCUUGGCAUUUGUUUUAUUCGUCCCUUAUGUCACACGGCGAUCAAAUUAUGCUAAAAACCUCAGAUCUGAUGGUGUUUCUCCAGCAUGGUGGGGAUUCUUUUCUGCGAUGAGUUCUUUUAACGAUUUAGGAUAUACUCUUAAUGCUACUUCAAUGGCUCUGUUUGAUGAAAGUGCAUAUGUACAACUAAUAUCAGGAGCUUUUAUCCUGAUAGGGAACACAGCAUUCCCCAUUUGCCUUAGGUUUAUAAUUUGGUUGAUGAAGCAUUUUACCAAACCGUUGACUCUGUCGCAUGAUUCGUUAAGUUUUUUGUUGGACCAUCCAAGACGUUGCUUUACGCUACUAUUUCCGUCUGGCCCAACGUGGUGGUUAUUUGCUGUUCUACUUUUGCUAAACUUUUUGGAUUGGAUAUUAUUUAUUAUACUAGAUUUUGGGCGUGAAGGGUUAAGCUAUAUUCCGCGUGGCUAUCAAAUAUUAUGUGGUUUGUACCAAGCAAUUUGUACCAGAACUGCUGGGUUCAAUGUCGUCAAUUUAGCAUCCUUAAAUCCAGCUAUACAAGUUAGCUACAUGGUUAUGAUGUACAUUUCUGUUUUGCCGUUGGCAAUUUCAAUUCGUAGGACCAAUGUUUAUGAAGAGCAAUCAUUAGGAGUUUACGAAAGAGAAGAUGAAGAUCAUACAGAUUCUAAACCGAGGUUAAAAUACAUUGGUGACCAUUUAAGAAAGCAGUUAUCUUUUGAUUUAUGGUUUCUGUUUCUUGCAAUAUUUAUUAUAUGCAUAUGUGAGGCAGGUAGAAUUCAGUCGGGGGAUGUGAACUUUACAGUAUUUCAGAUAAUGUUUGAACUUACAUCCGCAUAUGGAACCGUUGGAUUGUCCUUAGGUUAUCCAAAUAAAAACACUUCCUUCUGCGGGGAAUUUAGCAAGAUAUCAAAACUAGUAGUUGUUGCAACAUUGAUCCGAGGAAGACAUAGAGGUUUGCCAAAUUCUAUUGAUAGAGCUAUUAUGUUAUCAGAUGAAAAACUCAACUUGAGGGAUGAUCUUGAAGCCUAUCACGCAAUGAGGCGAACUGCUACUACAAUGUCCAACACUGAAACAAUGUUUCCAAGCAUUACAAAGGUUGCUACCGGCCAAAGGAGACAAACUAUCGAUAGACAGCCGACUAUUUCUGAAAACAUCAGGCAAGGCGUUAUUCCUUGGGGUGAUAUACUGACCAAGGUAGGCCAUUUGUUAGGUAAAACCGUUGCCAACAUUCUAACAGUUUCAGGAGCUCCAAAGGAGGAAAAAUACGCUAGACAAAUGACCAGAUAUAGCACUUUCGAUGAUUAUCCACUGAGGAGUAGAUCCACUAGUCAAUAUACUAGAAGGAAUAGUAACUUUGAAGAUCGAAACAUGGGCUAUGACAAUUACCAUGAUAAUGAUGAUGAUAUUUCAUUCAACAGUAGUGUUGGUGAAAGUGAAUCUGUUCCCUUGAAAAACUACCCACCAUUUUCAGAUGGAAGAGGCGGUAAAAACAAUCACUCACAAACAUACUCACAAGAAGAAAGGUCUGUCAGAAACUACUAUCCAGUCAGGAGUUCUAAUGGGGCGAAUGGAGACUCAGAAUCAAUAGUAACACCCGAGUCAUAUGUCAGUGAUCUUCAUUCAAGUAUUUCUUCAAAAAAGAGGAAGCUCAACUAG